AUGAGCUCCGGUUCAAAACAAAGAGUACCAUCGUAUCAGAAUGAUUCUCAGCAAGGUCUCAAGUUCUACUUCGAGACACAGAAACUCGCGAUCCCAAUCAUCCAGCCCCAUGAAGUUCUCGUUGAAUUACAAGUCACUGGCUAUGAAGGCGUGGGUCGGAUUUCCGCCGUGGGAUCUUGGUACACAAGUGAGGCAGCUACAGUCGGCCGUCUGGUCGGUAUUGGCUGGAUUCGCGAUGCAUGCGGAACUUGUCGCGUGUGUGAUGGCGAUAUUAAAGACGAGACACGAUGUCUAGAGCAGGUUUUCAGUGGGCGUGAUGUUCCGGGUACCAUGGCCAGGUAUACUGUCGUUCCAGAGAGAUAUAUCACGCCUCUACCCGAUGGAGUCCCUAGCGAGAUGCUAGCACCAAUAAUGUGUGCCGGUGCUACGGCUUAUAAAGCACUUAAGGUGGCGAACCUCCCAAUAGAUGGGCUAUCGACCUAUCGCAAUCGAUGGAGGAGAGCGGCGAAGACUUCUUUGCAUGGACGCAGGAGCAGAUGUCCAUUGGACUUUGAGAAGGAGGACAACCUGAGGAGCGCCGUGCUUCUGAAAACGGAGGGCAAGCUUUGUUCUGCGAUCAUCGUGUGCGCUGGAGCUACAGCAGCCUAUGAAAAGGCCUUGGAUUGUCUAGACUACCACGGAACCCUAGUCGCAGUAGGCAUCCCACCGCCUACCUCAAAGAUAUCGCUUCAUCCUCUCCCUUUGAUCGACUAUGGAAUUCGGAUCGUUGGGAGCAUCACGGGCGAUCGUGUGGAUAUUACAGAGGCCGCAGAAUUUGUUCGCAAAGGCUUGGUAAAACCAAGAGUUACAGGAAUUGGCCUUCACGAACUAGAGAGCUAUGCUGGGCGCGUGAAUGAACUGGACGGGAAACUUGUGGUGCGGCUGGGUGCCAAGGUUGGUAAACCGCAAAUUCUGGCGGUCGACAUCAUUCGGCCCCUUCGUUUGAAUAUGGCACUUCAGAAUGUGCCCACCAUUCGCCACAUUCUAUUGGAUGCAGCAGUUCUUGGAAAUAAAUUAUCCUAUUCACCAAAGACCGAGCCUCUUUCUGACGAGGACCUGGACAGAAUAGCAAAGCAGCUCAACCUAGGCCGAUGGAACUUUUAUGGAGCUCUUUAUGGACCUGAGCGGAUUCGCACGGCUCUUUGGGAAACAGUCAAAGAGGCCUUCUCGGUCAUCCCUGGUGUCAAGUUUUACUUUCCGGAAGACACACCCGAGAACUCGAUUCUUCGUAUCCGUCACAAAACCAUGCAAGGUAUUCCAACCUACGACGAGCUCAAAUGGAUUGACUGGAUCCCCAAUGGCGCCCAUCUGUUCUUCUCUCCUAUUGCAAAGGUAGCCGGGGAAGAUGCAAUGUUGCAAUGCGGGAUCACCAAGAAAAGAUGCCAAGAGGCUGGCCUAGACUUCAUCGGGACAUUUACGGUCGGCAUGAGAGAGAUGCACCAUAUUGUGUGCAUUGUGUUCAACAAAAAGGACCUGGAGCAAAAGAAAAAAGUUCAGUGGCUCGUCAGGACGCUUAUUGAUGACUGUGCAGCCAACGGAUGGGGCGAGUAUCGAUCGCAUCUGGAUGUCAUGGACCAAAUUAUGGGAGCAUACAACUGGAACAACAGCAGUUUCUUGAAAUUUAACGAGGUGAUCAAAAACGCAAUCGAUCCUAAUGGCAUUAUUGCCCCUGGAAAAUCGGGCGUUUGGCCCACCACAUACAGUCAAGUGACAUGGAAACUGUGA